UCUCGGACUAUCUAGCUUUAGAAGCCAAGGUCUUCAUGGUUUUAAUGGAUGAAGAACCUACAAUUUCUCUCCAAACUGAACAAUCUUAUCCAAGGAAUUCUAUUGAUGAUGUGGUGGUGUACAAAGAGAGGAUCAGUAAUGGACAUGACAUAUUAUUGGAGUCUCUCCUUCAUAGAGAUUCCUACACCAAACUCUACAGCUACACUCAUUUGAUCAGUGGAUUUGCAAUCCACGUUGAGUCUGAAGAGAUUCUCAACACUCUUCAAAAUGCAAAGGGAGUUAGUGCCAUCUAUGAAGAUGCAAAAAUGAAGAAGCUGACAACACAUACCCCUGAAUUCCUUGGAAUUCCUGCCCAAGUUUGGCCGACUUUAGGAGGAGCUGACAAUUCAGGCGAAGGGGUGGUAAUAGGCUUUAUUGAUACUGGCAUUAAUCCUGUACAUCCUAGUUUCUCUAGCAGGUCCUUUAGGGGCACUCUGAGUAGAGGUAAAUUCAAAGGGAUGUGUGCUGCUGGGGAGAGGUUCCCCAUGGCAGCAUGCAAUGGUAAGAUAGUUGGAGCACAUUAUUUUGCACAAGCAGCGAUUGCUCAUGGUGAUUUCAACUCUAGUCGUGACUAUGCAUCUCCCUUUGAUGCUGAUGGUCAUGGAAGCCACACAGCAUCAACAGCUGCAGGAAACCACCGAGUACCAGUAAUUGUUAAUGGCUUCAAUUAUGGAUAUGCAAGUGGCAUGGCUCCAGGAGCAAGGAUUGCUGUGUACAAAGCUCUUCAUACUUUUGGAGGCUAUAUGUCUGAUGUUGUGGCUGCUAUUGAUCAGGCAGUGGAAGAUGGAGUGGAUAUAAUAAGUCUCUCUAUAGGCCCAUCCACCAUCCCUUCUGGUCCUACUGCUUUUCUCAAUUUACUAGAAGUGGAGCUCUUGUUUGCUGUAAAAGCUGGAGUUUUUGUUGUCCAAGCUGCCGGAAAUGGUGGCCCUCAUUCCACUUCAAUGCUUUCUUUCAGCCCAUGGAUCACAAGCAUUGCUGCAUCUGUCACUGACCGGACGUACAUCAACGCAAUCCAGUUAGGCAAUGGAAAAAGCUUCUCUGGCUCUGGCCUUGCUCCUCCAACAGCAGGAAUAAUGCAUUAUCCUAUAGCAGCAGCUGCUGAUGCCUCUCUUAGGAGCACUACCAUUGGCAUUGCAUCACUUGAGAGCUGUCAGCAUCCAGAGCUCUUCAUUCCAUCCCUAGCCAGAGGAAAGCUAAUUAUCUGCACAUAUUCAUUUGAUUUUGAGUACGAAGCUGCAACUGUUACAACUGUUGCAGAUAACAUUAAGAAGAUAGGAGCUGCAGGAUUUAUCCUCAGAAUGGACCCCGAUGUAGGUUCUACGCCAGUUAAUGGUACUACAAUGACCCUACAAGUCCCUGGAAUUAUCCUAAACAACGUUCAGGCUUCAAUGGCUCUUUGGGAAUAUUACAACACCAAUACCAUAAGAAGCAGGAGUGGGCAAGCCGUCAUUUUUAAUGCAAGGGCAAGACUACUUGAUGGAAGGCAAGCGAUUUAUACUGACCAGGCACCAAUGGUGGCAUCCUACUCUUCCAGAGGUCCUGAUGUGGACAAUGCACUUUUGCAGACAGCUGAUGUCCUCAAACCCAACGUCAUGGCCCCAGGGUCUUCAAUUUGGGCCGCAUGGAGCCUCAAUAGUGAGGGUGAUCAACUUAUCAAAGGGCAGAAUUUUGCACUGCUUACUGGUACCAGCAUGGCUACCCCUCAUGUAGCUGGCAUUGCUGCUUUAAUCAAGCAUAAACACCCCAAGUGGAACCCUGCUGGUAUUACAUCGGCAAUGAUGUCAAGUGCUGAUGUAACUGAUCACUCUGGCUCUCCCAUCUUGGCACAAUCAACUGACGAGCUAGUUCAGGCCACGCCAUUUGAUUUUGGUGCUGGAUUUAUCAAUCCAGCUCGAGCUAUUGACCCAGGACUCAUAUUCAAUGCAUAUUUCCAAGAUUAUGUGCAAUUUCUUUGUGCUGUUCCAGGUGUUGAUGAUGAAUCUAUAAGACAAGCAGUAGGAAUUGGGUGCCCAACGACAAGAAAAUUAUGGUGCUCGGAUUUAAACACCGCAAGCAUAACUGUUUCAAAUCUUGUUGGGUCAAGGAAGGUGAUUCGACAGGUAACAAAUGUAGGUGGAAAAAAUGAAACUUACAGGGUGACUGUGAAGCAACCAUCAGGUGUGAAAGUUACUGUUAUGCCACAGGUUUUUAAGAUACAGGAAAAUGGUUCAAGGCGGCUAAAGAUUGUAUUAAAAGCCAUGGAAGCAACAAGAGCUUACUCAUUUGGAGAGAUGCUAUUGCAAGGAAGUAAUAAGCAUGCUAUUAGAGUUCCUAUAGCUGUUUAUGUGAGCACCUCUAUUGGAUUUUGAAUUUAUCAAUUUAGAACUUUAAAAUAUGUGAAACAUGUAUUUCCUCUUGAACCAAACAUUUCUGAAGAAAGUUGGAUAAAAAACUGUCGUCAAUCUAUUUACUAAUUCUCUCCAAUAGCAAAUCUUAUGUGAAUUUUUGAAC